AAAAAAAAAAACCUUCCGAGAGAAUCCUUGGACCGAGAUAUAAUUUGGUCAAAAUCCCUAAUUAGAAUUUUCCCGCCAGACUUGUGAAAAAUAGCCAUAGAAAUACACACCUCCUCGAUACAGUCACAGGCUCUCCUGAAAUGUUCUCGUCAGGGCGAAAUUAGGGUUUCAUUUUCCAGAAUACGAACAGGAAGGGGAGGGAGGAAAUGGGUAUUCAAGGGCUUUUGCCGUUGCUGAAAUCGAUAAUGGUACCGGUUCAUAUCAAGGAUCUUGAGGGUUGUAUCGUCGCCGUUGAUACAUAUUCAUGGCUACACAAAGGAGCUUUAUCUUGUAGCCGAGAGCUCUGCAAGGGCUUACCCACCAAGAGGCAUAUUCAAUAUUGUAUGCAUAGAGUGAAUUUACUCCGCCAUCAUGGAGUGAAGCCUAUCCUGGUUUUUGAUGGAGGUCCGUUACCGAUGAAACUAGAACAAGAGAAUAAGCGUGCUAGGUCUAGAAAGGAAAAUCUUGCACGUGCAUUGGAGCAUGAAGCAAAUGGAAACUCCUCUGCUGCUUAUGAGUGCUAUUCGAAGGCUGUUGACAUUUCACCUUCUAUUGCACAUGAGUUGAUACAGGUUCUGAGGCAGGAGAAUGUAGACUAUGUUGUUGCUCCUUAUGAAGCUGAUGCGCAGAUGACAUUCUUAGCUAUUAAUAAUCAAGUUGAUGCGAUUAUUACUGAGGAUUCUGAUCUCAUACCUUUUGGCUGCCCAAGAAUCAUUUUUAAAAUGGACAAGUUUGGUCAUGGUGUUGAGUUCCAAGCCUCCAAGCUACCCAAAAAUAAAGAUCUCUGUCUUUCGGGAUUUUCAAGCCAAAUGCUUCUUGAAAUGUGCAUAUUAAGUGGCUGCGAUUAUUUGCAAUCACUUCCAGGAAUGGGACUCAAAAGAGCUCAUGCUCUCAUUACGAAGUUCAAAAGCUAUGACAGGGUAAUUAAGCACUUAAAGUACAGCACAGUUUCAGUUCCUCCUGGUUAUGAAGAGUCAUUCAAGAGAGCUUUACUGACUUUCAAGCAUCAACGUGUCUAUGACCCAAAAACUGAAGAUAUUAUGCACUUGUCUGGCUUUUCUGAUAACCUUGGUGAAAAUUCAGAUUUUGUUGGCCCAUUAAUGCCACAAGAUAUUGCUAAAGGUAUAGCACUAGGCCAGCUUGAUCCAUUCACACAGUUGCCAUUCCAGGCUGAGAGUGUUACUCCUAAAUUGACUGUUGAUGAUAUGUCCCGUCCCAAAAGUUUCAAACCUGAAAUUCUGAAGAAAAAGCUUGAUUUGCCAGUCCAGAAAAAUCUUCUCACGAAGUAUUUCUGCUUUGCAUCGAUUGAGGCCAAAAGGAAAUUCAAGGCUCCUAGGAUAUCACCAAUGUCUCUAACCCCAACUGAUGAGUCUCCAAGCACUCCUGAGGAUAACACACCAGAUGUAGAUGCUCUUUCAAGUCAGACAACAAAUGAAUCCCCGGGUUAUAGCUUUGGUGAGAAUGCAUGUGCUAGCAAAGUUGCAGAGAAAAGAGUUUCACCCGACAACGAUGCAAAGGAAAGGAAUCAAAAGGACCGUGAUCAUAAGUACGUCAAGGAGGAAGUGGCGAGACCGAAGAUAGAUAGUUUGAAGGUUGUAGUAAGGAGCAAGUAUUUUAAGCACAAGCAGGAAGACAAAAGUCUUAAACAAUCGAUCCCAUGUCUCAAUGAUUGCUCUGUGAUUGGUCAGAAAAAGACUGUUAAAAAUGUGAUAAACAUGUCAAGCGCCUCUAUAAGAGAAGAGGGUGACAGAGCUAUAGCAACAAGUCCAUGUUUCGAUCAUGAGCGAAUCUACAACGGUCAUGUAGAUGCCAAAGAAGCGAGUUUUUCUGCCAUGAAUGAGGUGGCUGAGAGAACAACAAACAUCCACAAGAUAGACCAUCAGAUCGAUAAAGAUGAACAGAACCCAUCCAUUGAGAUCCGUUCUGCCUUUAGUACUCCCGAGAAUGUUAUACCUCUCUCUUCCUUUGCUACUAAUAGUUUUCAUGGAGCUGCAACAGGGAAGAGAAAGCAUGACUCAGAUGAAUAUCUUCAGAAGGAAAAUUUGAGUUCCAAGCACAUGCGCAUGGAUGAAACUGAUACUGAAACAUCAUCUGAAACCAACGAUGUUGAGAAGUUUGGAUCAAACAUAUCACAUAUUGGGCAUUACUCAGAAAUAGCAGAGAAAUCAGUGGAAAAAUUUGUCUCAGCUAUAUCAUCUUUCAGAUAUUCUGUGUCCGGCUCUCGUGCUAGUGGUCUCCGUGCACCUCUCAAAGAUAUCCGCAACACUUGUCCAUCUUCUAAUGGGUUGUUAUCUCCUAAACCAGACUUCAGCAAGUUUGGUUAUACGUCAAACAACCAAGACACGAUAACAAAGUCAAGACGAUUGUGAGCUCAGAUUUGUAAGUUAACCAUCUCUUUAGGGCCACAUGUUAGAGCUUUGGCUGUGGAAUCAACUUCGUGGUCGCAAUGAUAUUGUUGUUGUUUUGAUGUUGUUUGUAUCUGUUAGCUUUUUUACUGUGCAUAACAUUUUCUUGUAAUACAUUCUUUACACAACAAUUUGAUUGAUUGGUUCAUAAAUGAAACUUGUGUCAUUUCUAUGAAAAUUAUUAGACUUUUUACUUUUAAA